UCGGCAUCGCCACUACAAUCACGCGUCAAACAUGGCGGAUCCCGAAGCGAAAAGGCAACGUUUGGACGAGAAAGCCAACGAAAAGCCGGCUCCCAUCUUAAAGAACAGCUUGAUCAACAAAAGCAGGAAUUGUCCGUAUCUAGAUACGAUUAACCGGAACGUGCUAGAUUUUGAUUUCGAAAAACUGUGCUCUGUCUCCCUGUCACGGAUCAAUGUGUACGCUUGUCUCAUCUGCGGCAAAUAUUUCCAAGGCCGGGGUACAAACACACAUGCAUACACACACAGCGUUCAGGUCAGCCAUCACGUGUUCCUGAACUUGCAAACCCUGCGCUUUUAUUGCCUACCAGACAACUACCAGAUCAUUGACUCCUCGCUAAACGACAUCACCUACGUCUUGCGGCCUACGUUCACCCCAAACGAAAUCGCCCGCUUGGACCGCAACGAGCGCCUCUCUCGUGCGUACGAUGGCACAACCUAUCUGCCUGGAAUUGUGGGUCUCAACAAUAUCAAAGCAAACGAUUUCUGCAAUGUCGUCCUUCAGGCUCUUUCCCACGUGCCACCGCUGCGGAACUACUUCCUCCGCGAAGAAAACUACGCGGAUCUCAAGCGACUGCCGGGAGACAUUCAGGCACUCCUCGUGCAGAGGUUCGGAGAACUCAUCCGCAAGUUGUGGAACCCAAGGAACUUUAAGGCCCAUGUCAGCCCGCACGAGAUGCUGCAAGCAGUGGUGCUGUGCAGCAAGAAGAAAUUCCAGAUCACGGAACAGGGUGAUCCGAUCGACUUUCUCUCGUGGUUUCUCAACAGCCUGCAUCUUGCACUGAAUGGAACGCAGAGCCAGGGCAGCAGCAUCGUCUACAAGACAUUCCGCGGGAAGAUGAACGUCUACUCUCGGAAGGUUAUUCCCGUGGAGCACACAGAAGCGGAACGGCGUGCUGCGCUGCGUACCGAAGAAUACCAGGAAAAAGUUGAAAAAUCGAGCUUCAUGUACUUGACAGCCGACCUUCCGCCUCCGCCACUCUUCAAGGAUGAUGUCAGGGAGAACAUUAUCCCUCAGGUGCCACUCUUCACAAUUCUCUCAAAAUUCAACGGCAUCAGCGAGAAAGAGUACCGCACGUACAAGGACUCGACGAUGAAGCGCUUCGAGAUCACCUCUCUGCCUCCAUACCUCAUCCUCUACAUCAAACGCUUCACCAAGAACACUUUCUUUGUCGAGAAGAACCCCACCAUCGUCAACUUUCCAAUCAAGGACGUCGACCUCAGCGACCUCGUGGCCGUCACCGACGAGACUCCCGACAGAGGGCGCUACGUCUACGACCUCAUUGCCAACAUUGUCCACGAGGGGGAGCCAGCAUCGGGAAAGGGGACGUACAGGGCUCACAUCCUGCACAGAGGUUCCGGGAAAUGGUACGAAAUGCAGGACCUACACGUCACGGAGAUCCUGCCACAGAUGAUCACGUUAUCCGAGGCGUACAUUCAGAUCUGGGAGCGAAGGAGGAAAGUGAAGGAUGCUACGCACUGAGUAGGGGAGACUGGACAAGAUUUUAAGGUUAAGUUCCGAGUUGUUACAAUAAAAAUAUUUGUGAAACGAUAAAA